UUCCCUUUCCCUUUGCUUCUUUUUUCUCCUCUCUCUCUCUCUCUCUCUCUCUUUCUCUUUCUCUCACCUCAAGCCAUCACCAAACUGAUCGAUCCAGCUUCAAACCAUUCACAAAAUAUCUUCUUUCUUACAGAUCAGCAAUCCAACUUGGCUUUCCAAUUUGAAUCUGGCUGGAACAUAAUUGAAGCUAAAAGAGAGAUUAAAGAGAAGGAAAGGAAAAGAAGCAGAAGCAGAAGCAGAAGAAGAAGAUGACGCCAAAUUUGGCCAGUCAGUUUGGUGACACGACCUAUACCAAAGUGUUUGUGGGAGGGCUGGCUUGGGAGACUCAUAAGGAAACCAUGAAGAAGUAUUUUGAACAGUUUGGGGAUAUAUUGGAGGCUGUGGUCAUCACUGACAAGAACACAGGCAGAUCCAAGGGCUAUGGAUUUGUUACAUUUCGUGAGGCUGAGGCUGCCAUGAGAGCUUGUGUUGAUCCUUCUCCGGUGAUAGAUGGAAGAAGGGCUAAUUGUAAUCUUGCUUCUUUAGGCGUGCAAAGAACUAGACCACCUACCCCUCAACAUGGUGGAAGCAGGAGCUUUAGGGCGAUGAAAUCAUAUCAAGGAGGUGUUCAAGGUGGCAUGGCAACAGCUUUUCCUUCUCCAAUCACAUUCCCUCAUUAUGCCAUCCAUCAGGGCAUUCCCUAUAAUGUAUACGGCUAUUCACCUUACUCUCCGGACUACCCUUGCCCUACGGCUUAUUAUAAUGUUUAUGGGGGUGGGGCUGCUCAUCAUUAUCCAUUAUAUGGUGGGAAUAGUGGUGCAACAGGUAAUGGAAUGGUGACUGGAACAAAUGCUUUCUAUCCAUAUUUUCAGUUCGGUCAUGGACAUACAGGCUAUGGGUUACAGUAUCCACAGCUGUUCCAAUACUCUGAGAUGAGCUCAACAGCUGGAAUUACAGGAUUUGCAGCACAAAGCUAUGGAAUCUCCCCUGUUUCAUUGGCCCCAAGUACCCCGGCACAAGUUGCAGGCAUGACAAUGUCCCUCAUGAACACACCGUCUCUACCAACUCCAGCAGCAAAUCACCACUAUAGGUUUAUCCCUUCACAAUUCCCCACCGCAGCCAUUCGUGAGCAACCUUUGGCCUAACCACGGUUAAGUUUUUCAUCAUAUAUGUACUCUUAGCUCCUUCAUCUCUUCCUGUUCUAUUUCUUUUUCUACUCUUCACAUGAAAAUUAGACCAUGCAAUCCUUCGUACAAAGACUGGGAAGAUCAAAACCUAAAUUCAUGGAAUGGUUUGAAGCUUUAGCAAGCUCUGGGAUGGGCUAAAAGCUAGCUUCCAUGCAAACUCCUAGGGUUGGGGUGUUUCAUGAACAAAGAGAAACUAGAGAGAAAUUCUCUUUAUGGUUCCUUCAUUAAAAAUAGGGCGCCAAUAUUUAUAUAUAUGGUAAGCAAGUAUUUUUCUA